AGUAAGUUAACAAAAGAACAGGAAUGUUUUGGGGAAGGAUGAGAGAGGAAAAAUAAGAAGUGAAACAGUAAAGGCAAAGAGGAAGAACAGUGCCAGGACUUGCCCUUGAAUCUGCUGCAUGAUGGGAAAUGCCCUUAUUUGGCAAGAGCGGAUUUGGGGUUGGUCUUGUCCACAGGCAUUUGUCACACAGUGCAGACUACAUCAUACUUCCUCUUUCAAACUGCAACUGGAGUCUUGAUUCAGUUAAAAUACAGGGAGAAAUGCAUGCAGAAAGACGCUGAGACGUAGGAUGGAGACAGAAGCAUUUUGUACUUGAGGAUCAGAUCUUGUUUGUACCUCUGUGCUGCUCCCAGUCUUUGGAUAAAAGGACAACUGCUGCCAGUGAGAUAAGUCACACAUUUUUUGAACUGUUACUUGUGUGACUUUUGGAAGGAAUUUGGAUGCCUCAUUCUAUCAAAGGAUCCAAAUCUUGAUGUGAAAUGAGUACAGACUUCCAGAUACUACUUUUUGACAUUUCUGAGGCUUUGGGAACAACUGAACUGGCAUCUCUGAAGUUCCUCAGCCAGGAGUAUGUCCCUAUGAGGAAGCUGGAAGCCAUCCAGAAUGCACAGGACCUUUUCGAAGUGCUGCAGGAGAAAGGCAUGAUUGGGGCGGGGAACCUGUCCUUCCUGAAGGAGCUGCUCUACCGGAUCAGUCGGAUCGACCUCCUGGUUGCCCACCUAGGCUCCAGCCGUGAGGAGAUGGAGAGAGAGCUGAAGAUCCCAGGCAGGGCACAGGUGUCAGCCUACAGGCAACUGCUAUAUGGAAUUGCAGAGGACUUGACUCAAAAAGAUGUCCAGAACAUGAAGUUCCUGCUCCAAGAACAAAUACCAAAGAGCAAGCUCCAGGAUAAUGCUUCAAUGUUGAAGGUCUUACUGGAAAUGGAAAGAAAUGGGAUAAUUAAAGAGGAUGACCUGACAAUGCUGAAAGAUACAUUAAAGGGAUUUAGAGCUGACAUAAAGAAAAAAAUUGAUGCCUAUGAAGAAAGAAAAGAAAAUUAUUCUAAGAAAAAGCUCCAUUACCCAGUGUCCAUGUCAGUACAUCCAGCAGGACAAGGAGCAGAGGGGGAGACACCACACCUGCUUGUGGAAUCAUAUAAGAUGAAAAAUAACCCACAUGGUUACUGUGUGAUUCUUAACAACUACAAUUUUAAAGAUCCGGAUGAAGCUAGAGAAGGAACAAUGAAAGACGGAGAGGCUGUGAAGAGAGUCUUUAAGUGGCUUCAGUUUGAGACAGUUGAGUACAUGGAUCUAGAAGCAAAGCAAAUGUAUGCAAAAGUUAAAGAAUACAGCAAAAAAGAUCAUAAUAACAUGGACUGUUUUGUUUGCUUCAUUUUUUCCCAUGGUGAAAAAGACAAAAUAAAAGGCGUUGAUAAUGAGGUUGUAAAUAUUAAAGAUUUACUUUCCUGCUUCAGUGGAUCUAAUUGUCCUUCUCUUGCUGGCAAACCCAAGCUGUUUUUCAUCCAGGCUUGCCAAGGCUUUGUAGGUCAUCCAGCUGUCAUAGUAAAAGAAGACUCUUCUGGCCAUUUUGAGACUGAUGCUACCCCUCAAAUUUCAAUUCCUGAUCAGGCUGAUAUUCUGGUUGGCAUGGCUACAGUGGAAGACUACGAGUGCUAUCGCUGUACAGAAACUGGCAGUGUUUACAUUCAGUGCCUCUGUGACAAGAUGGAGCUGCUUUGCCCACUCUCCAAGGAUCUCAUAACCAUCCUGACUGAAGUGAACAAGGAAGUGGGAAGAAGAGUAAUAAAACAAAGGAAGCAGAUGCCAAAGAUAACAUCAACUCUGCGGAAGCAAUUGAUCUUCCAAAUUCCACCAUGUCCAUCAAUUGAAAAACAGGAAAAUACACUCAGUUAGGAGUUAGAAUGGGCUUACACAGGAAAAAGAACUUUCAAGAGAAAUUAUUUGGAUCUGUGUAUUAGCAAACCAGUCCUUCAAGGGGCUGUGGGACCUGAAUUUUGCAAUUUCCAUGUUUUCCAGUCUUCUGGCACCUGAAUCUCUAGCAGUCUGGUAAGGCCAUGGAGGAGUAGAGACUUGACAUUCUGUCCUGCAGAAGCAGUGGAAUCUGUGCAGUCUGAAUUUUGAGUGAGGAAAUACUUGUAAGUAGCAUGAUUUUUAAGAGUUAUUGGAAAUGCUAAUGGAAGUCCCAUUUCUGUCUGAGUUAAAAGUCCCUGAUAUCUGAAGAAAAGAACGGAUGGAUUCAGAAUGUUAGAUCCCUUCCCAGGGAGGAAAGAUUAUAGUUGUGUAAGAUUAUAAUUGAUUUACUGAGAGGUAAAUUGUUUGCUGUCUGUGGAAGAUGCAUAAAUUUUUUGGAAAAUAACAUCCCUGUCAAGAAGAAUGAAAAAAAAAAAAAGAUGAUUAUGAUAAUAAAA